CAGCGCCCUCCCAGUUAGACAUGCAAUUAGAUGAUCAGCCUUUAUAGUGGGAAAUCCUUAUUUAUGACUUCAGGGUGAAUCGAUGUUAUAUAAGUGAUCGUUAUAAGGAGAUUUUUGAUCUUACUGUCAUAUUUUCGAGUCAUCACAAUACGCCAAAAUGGGCUGCGCCGGUUUCACCUGCUCCAAACAUUCUCUCUGCGCGCUCAACAUCCUCUAUGUGGUGAGUGUGGUCAGAAUGUAGGCUACCAUAUGGAUCAUCCUAACUGCUUUUGGGCAUGGUGAGUCUUCUGAUGAUUGGCAUCGCAGCGUGGGGGAAGUGGUUUGGCCUGGUGUCUAGUUUCCAGGUGGUGGGGGGAAUCAUCGGAGUGGGGGUCUUCCUUUUCUUCGUGGCCCUGGCCGGGCUCAUCGGAGCCAUGAAGCACCACCAGGUCCUCCUUUUCUUCUACAUGAUCAUACUGUUCAUGGUUUUCAUCGUGCAAAUCUCCGUCUCCAGUGCCUGUCUGGCUAUCAACAAAGACCAGCAGGAGCAUCUGCUGGAAGUGGGAUGGAACAAUUCUCAAGCCACGCAGGGAGAUGUGGAGAAGAAUCUUAACUGCUGCGGUUUCCGACAUGUGGAGGUCAACAUGACCUGUGAUGCGGCGUGUUUCCCUAACCACUCCUGCACACCCUGCGGUGAUAAGAUCCAGAAGCAUGCUGGGGAGGUGCUCCGCUUCGUGGGAGGGAUAGGCCUCUUUUUCAGCUUCACUGAGAUCCUGGGGGUGUGGCAGACGUACAGGUACAGGAACCAGAAAGACCCACGCGCAAACCCCAGUGCUUUCCUGUAACCGCGAGCAACCUCUUGUAUUGUCCCUUUGCACUGUCACCUCCUACCUUCUGGAUGUUUUAGAGGAUACGUUUGUAAAUCAAAAGGCCGUUGGGACGGACGUGGUCCGUUUUUUAAGCAUUCAACUUGUUUUUAAGGAGUGAGAGACUAUUCCUCUGCUAUAUGAAGGGUGUGUGUGUGUGUGUGUAAACACUCUAAGGACAUAUUCCCUUAAGGAAUCUACGUUUUCAAUCAAUAUGGCUAAUGUCGUAUGAUGAAGAACCGAUGUGGUUUCGUUGGCAUGUGGACCGAUGAGUUGAAGUAUGUGUAUAUUUGAUUUGAUACUCAACUGCAGACUGUUUGUCAGUAAUCGUAUGCUGUAUAUUCUCUACUACUAUUUAUGCAUUUUGUUUUGCUUGCUGGUAUUGAACCUUACUGCCUAGAUUUGCAUAAUGUUUUUAGUUUCCUGUAUAACAUUUGUAUUCAAAUAUUCUUAAUUUGAAAUCUGCAAAAAAAAUGUCAGUGUUUCUGUCAAUGCAAUAAUCCAAAGCCUCAAGCUACUGUUGUACAGUGGAACUAUGGACUAGAACAUGUGGGGGUAAUUGAGGACCACUGAAGAGUGAAAAACAAUGAUAUCAAACUUUCUGAUUGUUGAAACCCUGGUGAUAGUUUAUCUAGUGUCAGGUGUGCGUGUGUGCGCGUCUUUCGAUUUGCUCACUGGUGUUUCAACCGUAAGGGCAUCAUUUUGACUGUGUGCUGUGUGUUUGGCCUCUUGCAUGAAUUCUCUGCUGGUGUGUGCCACAGCCACUGCACGGACAGUUCUGUGAACUAUUUACCUGAGCCUUUGUACUGUAAAUCACAAUAAAAGCAACAAUGUC